CUCCAUCUUCCGGCGUCAGCUUCGGUCGAUGUCGCCUUCUCACAACAUCGGGCUAGAGCUGCGGCUGGGAGCUAACGUGAACGCAGUUGUAACAACACACAAAGGCGAAUACACACAAGCGAAACAUGUCAGACUCGGAGACAAAACCAUCCAGCCAAGACGGCGGGGACAAGAAGGACGGAGAGUACAUAAAGUUAAAAGUGAUCGGUCAGGACAGCAGUGAAAUCCACUUUAAGGUGAAAAUGACGACACAUUUAAAAAAGCUGAAGGAGUCUUACAGCCAGAGACAGGGCGUCCCAGCAAGCACGCUACGGUUUCUGUUUGAAGGACAGAGAAUCGCAGAUAACCAAACUCCGAAAGAGCUGGGGAUGGAGGACGAGGACGUCAUCGAGGUUUAUCAAGAACAGACCGGUGGACUUUGGAACAAUUAAACCCCCCUGCAUUUCUAAAUCUUUCUUUUUUUUCUUUUCUUUUUUCUGAUUUUGUAUUUUAUUUUGUAUGUAUGUUCGAUUUUUCGUUCAGUUUCAAACCAUCUGGAUCAAAAACCGACUAUCAGGGCUUCCAUGCGUGAAAGGGAGGUGAAUAAUCUGAGGUAAGCGGAUGAGGAAAAGGACAACGGGUCUCUUAUUCUGAAGUGUAGGGAUGCUCGUGCUGUUGGCCCGAGCAAUAGCGUUCAGUAGCAUAGUAUCUUGUUUGUGGUGUGUUUUUGUUUCCUUUAUCAUGUCUUGUUGACGGUGUCGGCAGAAGCAAAUAAUCCUAUCAAGGACCAGACUGCGUCUAAAGGAACAGUUCAGCCAAAAGUGAUAAUCAUGUAGUUGUAAGACGAGUAGUGUUGUUGUCAUAUGAUACUACACAGCAAGUGCACUUGUACAGCUGGGCUUUAACUUCAAGGAAAAUAAAGUGGCCGUGAUCACGUUUGCUCAGAGUUACAAAACUAGAAGACUAAAGAUCAAGUUUAAGUUAUUUUGAGGAUGAACCAAUGAUAUGGUGUUGGUUUGUUUGAGUCUUUAGGUCCCAAACAAGAGUCUCUCUGUGACUGUAAUUUGACGCACCCAGUUAGAUAUUUGAAAUGGGAGUUCUUUGUACAAAAGGCAGUCCAUUCCACACGUUUACAUUCAGGGCAUUUAGCAGAUUGAGGGUUAUUCAUAAACAGCUGGACUCCUCAUCCUCAAAUCCACACCGAUUGUUACUGUUGGAGAAAUUGUAAAAUUCUGAUUAUAAUCGAGCUGACAUGAUAAUAUUUGACCUUUGACCCCUUUUCUUUUUAAAACGACAAUUGUGCUUGACUUGUAUAUGUUGUGUUCAGUAUUAGUGUGUUUGAAUGACAUGUCACAUGAAUCUCCAGUGUCGUUUUUUUAUUUAUAUUGGAGGGUUCCAUUCUGUGAUGAUAUAUAGAAAUAUAUAUAUAUAUAUAUAUAUAUAUAUAAAUAAACCUGUUCUGGAUUUA